CGAAGACACUGGAAAUACAAGAAACCUCGGAAACUAUUGAUAUAAUGGAAAAGAUCGUGGAAAUGUAUAAUCAAACGUCCAGCGACAUAGAAAAAACUACAACCUUGGCUAACAAAACAACAGCAGUAGAACCGGAAUCUGCCUCUGUUUCACUUAAGAUCGAUGUAUUUAAAGAUCACGAGGCAACUUUUGAAACAUCCACAAGAUUUCAAAAACGAAUCACCGAUAUAGAAAAGGGAGGUUUUCCAUGGGUAAUGGAUGAGAUUGUCUCGUCCACAAUUUUUGAAACAUCAAUUACAGAAACAGAACAAACUGAAUAUGCCAUGUUUACUGAACCUACCGAUUAUCAGGUUUUAUACUAUGGAAAAGAUGUGACUUCAUCGACCAAACAUUAUCUUCCAGAAACGUCAGAUGUCGAGACAAAACCCAAAACACCUACUGAAAUUGACCGCUAUGGUGCAAUAACGAGUGAAGUAGCCGAAUUACAAAUUUCAGAAACCAGUGAAUCGCACAAAAUGCACGAUGUUACUGGAAUGGCUUCCAAAAAGGAUUUCUAUGACUUUGUCUCUACUAAAUGUGCCAUUUGUAAUGACGAAUUCGUGCUCACGACUAGUGAUGAAAAUGCGUUAUCAUCACUUGCCACACAAAUAGAGAUAGAAGACAAAGAAAUUAAAGAAACUGCAAAGGAGGCAACACACACUAGUCUAGUUGGUAAAGUAACAGAGAAAACAUCACAUACGGUAGACACAGAGCGAACAGUUGUAAGUGAAGAAGAUAUGGGCGAAGAGAGACAUUUUGAGACCGAAAUAGCCCGCAGGGAUACUACCUAUAGUGGUGACAUUCUAGAUAGUGAAAUUCAGGAAGAGUUAGAUACUGAAGCAAUAGUUACUGACAGUGUAGGCGUGGCAGAAACAGCGAUCACUAAAUUCGGGGAAGCUGAAGAUGAGGCCACGCAUUUGGAAUCCGUGGUGGGGGAGUAUUCUGAAAGUGAAGAAUUAGAAUUUGAAGAGAAAGAAGAUACCGACGAAAGCGAGGAAGAACUUAGUACGGAAGAAGAAGAGAAAGAAUUGGAAGAAGACGAAUCUUUCGAAGAGCAAACGGAGGAAGAAUAUGAGACUACAGAAACCGAAGAAGAUGAAAGUUGCGAAAGUGCAGAGGAACCAUCAUAUGAUGAAUUUUCAACUUCUGCAAUGGACUAUACUAAAAGUCUCCCGUCAGUCGACGAUGAUUCUUUCAUAAUGAGACAGGUAACGGAAGCCGUUGUUGUAAAGAGGCCUACUCGCAAGGAACACAAAAAGAAAUUUAUGCGCGGUCCUACCAUUAAAGACGAAAAGCUAAUUACAACCGAACAAAUCACGGCUAAGCCCUUAGUAAUAGUUGUAAAUGAUUCUGGGCGAAAAUUAGGAAAAAUCAACGAAACCGUUUUGGAGAAAAUUGCCAAUAAAUCGGCUUCUAAUAUCGACUUGGAAUACGUGGAUUUACGCAAUAUCUCCGUCGAUUUGCCUAAGCGGAACAGGUCCGCUUUGUGGGUUGGAUUCCCGACUGAAUCUUGCGAUAAAGAAGAUUUUGAAGCCAACAAUAAUUGUUUGUGCAACAUGGAAGACCACUUGAGCUCCUUGUUACAUAAAGCAAACCGCAAGGAAUCACCAAAAUUCGAUAUCUUUCACUGCUCCAAGUUUGUCAGACCGAAAAAAGGAUUGCUAAUUGAUACCAUGAUCAAACCGAUGAAAAGGCCACGAAGAAGUCUCAUUUAUUUGCAGAACCGGAGCGGUUCGGAAGUGGUGGAGUACCAGAACAUGGAGACCCUUUUCGAAGACGGAUACAAACUCGAAACCUCAGAUAAAAAUAUCUUCGCCUUGCCGGGAUCCACUGUUGAAAUUCCGUGUCGGGGAAAGGUAGACAGGCUAAUUCACAGCGACCAUGGACUUCACUGGAAGUUUAAGACGUCAGACGGAACUGAAGGCGAGGAGUUGCCCGAAACGGGUAACUUGUUAACGUUGCAUGAAGUCGCAGUGAAAAAUGCCGGCAUUUACACGUGCUCCAAAGUGGAUAAAGACGACGCGGUUAAAGUUCAUUCGCAUGAGCUGGAAGUGGUUGCCUUUCCCGUCUACGAUGUCCGCAUGAACGUUUUUUAUGUGGUCAACGUUUCCUGUGACCUUAAAGACGGUGACAUCCUCUAUUCGUAUCUUCCGAAGGUGAUGGCGCCCGCUCUUUGCGGCUCUGCAAAUCAAGCAUGCUUCGUGGACGUGGCAAGGCCCCGUUGUAUAUCGAGAGAAAAUGACAACAUUUACAACGUGUCAAUUUCGGUUAAAAUAAAACCGGACGGGCAUUUCGUGAACUCGUUGCAUGAAUUGCGGAAUUGUGACAUCAAUUGUGCCCUCCGGUUUUACGCUAAUAUCGUCGGUCUUGUCUACAAAAAUGCGGAGAUUAUUCAACAUAUACCCGUGUAUUCGAAAUUGCCUUCGACAAGUGCGAUCGAAUUCGUUCCGUAUUUUUCGAGAAACCCCAAAAGCCCGGUCAGCACAAAACCUCCAAAAGUGGCCGUCAGCUGCCUAGGUGGAUACGGAUUGGAAAGUCUCAAGCAAAGAGUAUGCGUGGUAUGCCCAAAGCACACCUUCAGUGCCGCAGACGAAGCAUUCUGCAAAAGUUGCCCGGCCGGACAGUAUCAACCCGAGCGAGCAUCGGAAUUGUGUCUUCAAUGCUCUUCACCAGUGGAGGACGCCAUGUGUCUACGCAUGCUGUAUAGUGACACGAACCUAUUUAAAGUCUACGUGGGCGUGGCUUUCGGCGUUAUAGUGCUCCUGGUUGUCGUAAUGCUUCUAUGGAGUAGCGGUUACCGCGAAAAUCACUCGCCUCAUAAGAAUAUUCCUUUCGAAGGGUCAUUGCGACACCGGGCUAUUAAACAAGGAAGAGAUCGGGAUCUGGAAAGGGGCUUGACCAGGCCUCUUCUAGGACGAAGAACCAAAACGCCUCCAGAUCUGCCCCCGGUUGAUUUUUAG